GUACAUGGCGGGCCAGACAUAGUCAACGUCGGCAAAAACGGACUUCUUUUUCCCAUUUGUUUCUCUUCUAUAUUUAGUCCCAACUGAGUAUCAUCUCACAACCAAGAAGAAAGAAGAAGUCAUAGUCAAGGAAGAGGAUAAAUGGAGAGCAACGGCGAUAACAAGAGAGUUAAUAUACAAUCAUCACCAUCCUUCAGGCUUCGAAGCCCAAGCCUAAACGCACUUCGUCUCCAACGCAUCUUCGACUUAUUCGACAAAAACGGCGACGGUUUCAUCACCGCCGAUGAGCUAAGCCAAGCUCUCUCCCAUCUCGGUCUCAACGCCGAUCUCUCUGACCUCUUAUCCACCGUCGAAUCCUACAUCCAGCCUGGUAACGCCGGUCUCAACUUCCACGACUUCUCUUCUCUCCACAAGACCCUCGACGACUCUUUCUUCGGAGGAGCAGGAGACAACGACGACGACGAUCCUUCCUCCACCUCUGCUGACGAGUCGGAUCUCGCGGAAGCGUUUAAGGUGUUUGACGAGAACGGCGACGGGUUUAUAUCGGCUAGGGAGUUGCAGACGGUUUUGAAGAAGCUUGGGUUGCCUGAAGGAGGGGAGAUGGAGAGAGUGGAGAAGAUGAUUGUUUCCGUUGACCGGAAUAAGGAUGGUCGCGUUGACUUUUUCGAGUUCAAGAACAUGAUGCAUGCCGUCGUUAUCCCUUCUUGACUUCAAUAAAAACAAAUUUUAUUUUCCAAUAGGAUUGUUAAUUAAUUACUUUUUCUCAACUGAAUUUUCUAUGUAAUGAUCUGAUUAAAAAUUUAAUAAACUUGUAGCAUUUGAAUUUUAGUUUAAUUAUAGAUUGGAGAA